GUGGCCCGGGGGCGGUGCCGUGGCCCGGGGGCGGUGCCGUGGCCCGGGGGCGGUGUCGUGGCCCGGGGGUGGCACGGGCGGCUCCGCCUUUUCCCGCUCGCUCGCAGCCCCGGCGGUUCCAGCCGUUCCUCCCGACCUCCACAAUGGACAAGACCUCAGACGAGCCGCCCACGUCCGCCGUCCUCUUGGACAACUGCCACUUCUCCCAGGUGGUCUUUAACAACGUGCAGAAGUUCUAUGUUCCCGGAGGAGACGUCACCUGUCAGUACACCCUCACGCAGAACAUGGUUCCUCGCGGGAAGGACUGGGUGGGCAUCUUCCGGGUGGGAUGGAAAACAACCCGGGAAUAUUACACGUUCAUGUGGGCUCCUCUGCCCAGUGACACCCACAGUGACACCAACAGUGGCGCUGGUGCACAGCACCAGAUCCAGUUCAAAGCUUACUACCUCCCCAAGGACGACGAGUACUACCAGUUCUGCUACGUGGACCAGGACGGCGUGGUGCGGGGAGCCAGCGUGCCCUUCCAGUUCAGAGCAGAGACCGAGGAUGACAUCCUGGUGGUGACCACGCAGGGAGAAGUGGAAGAGUUGGAACUGCAAAACAAAAAUUUACAUGAAGAAAAUGAGGAGCUGAAGGCGAGCUGUGCAAGUCUCCAGCAACAAAACAUCAACCUACAGGAAGAGCUCAAGAAGACACAGGAGCUGCAGAAUAAUGUAGAGUCUCUAAGGAGCAACAUAGAGAAACUGGAGCUGGAGCUGAAUUCCCUGAGAAAGGAAAAUAAACAUCUAAAGGAGCAGGAUGACUGCAGAGGGGCGGAACUGCUCCAACUCAAAGAGCAAAUUCAGAACGUGAGCUCUGACAAGGACCGUCUGGCAAGCAGACUGAGAGCAGCCCUGGAGCACAUGGACCAGCUGCAGUCUCAAGUGCUGAAUUAUGAGAAAGAAGUAGAAAACCUGUCUCGUGUGAACCAUGACAAGACAGAGCAGCUGGAAGGUCUAAAGGAGGAGAAUCGCCGGUUACGCGUGAGCAGAACUCAAGAGAAUCCGAGGGAUGAGAACGAUGCGCUCCUGAGGCGUCUCCCGCGGGCUGGAGAGGGUUCCUCCUCCUCCAGUGUUCCUCAGGCUCCGGGUCCAGCUCCGGAAGGAGUUCUUCUGUUUGGAAAUCCAUACUGUGCUGCAGGAGCAAACCUGGGGGCAGGAGCUGCAAAUGUAGCUUCUCUACGGCAAUGCCCCAUGUGCAACGAAGUGUUUCCUGAAGACACAGGGACGAGUCAGUACGAGGCACAUGUGCAGAGCCACCUCCUGCAGUGCCCGCACUGCAGCCAGACCUUCGACAAGUCCAACAAGCAGGUGUUUGAUGACCACCUGCUUUGUCACGGCCUGGAAUAAUGCUGAAUUGGUAUCUGCGCUGUAGAAUAGGUCCGGAGGCUGCGGUAUAAAUAGACCGAAAUCACUGUAUAGGCUUAGUUGAUGCUACGAUCACGCAGACCAGACUGACCGUGCCACCGCUGCGGUAAUUCUGAGCUUUCUGUUCCACGCGGGACAUGAGCAACACAUAAUGGGGUCAGACAUCACAUCCCGAAACUGAAUCACGGGUGUCCAACCUCAGUCCUGUCUUGGAUCAAGUCUGUACGCUUGUUAAACGAGCCGCAGAAAAGCAGGGGCUGAGUUGUCUGGGCAGCGCGGAGGAUUAAUGGUCUCUCAGUGAGAAACUGGGCACCCUCAUUGAAAGAAAAUUAUCAAUUUGGAUUAUUUUUUGUCUCUAAACUUUCUUGAUCUGACAAGAAGAGCGUGUUCUCCAACCAAAACACUGUGCUUCAAAACUAAGUGCCUUGGGAUAUUACAAUGCUUUGUGCACAGAUAUCCAGUUACUGUCUUUAUUUCUGCCUCUGGAUUUUCAGUUUAUAAUCAGCAGCUCUUUUUUGUGCAGACACAAAUGGGUAAAUGCUUAUUAUCCAGAUGUAUUAGACUGUGUUUCCUGCUGAAUAUCUGAAGCAAUAGAAAAUCCUAAGAAGUUUAUAUAGAGUUUUAAGAAUAUUUAGAAUAACAAAGACUUCAAAAUGAGUUACUGUUUUGAUUUUGACAUAAGGUUUUUAGCAGUUUAGGUUUAGAGUAGCUGCUUUGAGAUGCGCCAUGCUGGUAAGCAUUAUUUUUAAAAAAUGGAAAAGAAAAUAGCAGCAAACAAAAUUAAAAGCUAUAUGAAGAAAA